AUGAUGGGACAUUCCGCACUCCGCACCUUUAGUUUCUCGUUUGUUCACCCAAGCGCGGCAUCAACCUAUGCUGCAAGCUUCGAGUUACGCACACAUGCAGAUGAACAGAACAACCACCAACCGCCGUUACACACCACUACGCUUUCCACUAACACACUGAUGAUGUCAUCUCGAUUGGUGAUGAAACAUUUGCAAUCAAAUUACCCAGCUCAGCGGACAAGCCAACGACCAUCUACGCUACCUGAGCUGCCGACAUUUUCCUCUAUAGGAGAAGGAACCCCUCCUACGCCACAUCUUCAAAGUACAGUUUUCUUCUGA